AUGUCGACAUCCAAGGUCAAGGCCGGUCAGCUCUGGGGAAAGAGCAAGGAUGAGCUCACCAAGCAGUUGGAGGAACUGAAGACCGAGCUGAGCCAGCUCCGCGUCCAGAAGAUUGCUGGUGGUGCUUCGUCCAAGCUUCAGAGAAUUCACGACGUCCGCAAGUCGAUCGCUCGCGUUCUCACCGUCAUCAACGCCAACCAGCGCGCCCAGCUCCGUCUGUUCUACAAGAACAAGCCGUACCUCCCUCUUGACCUCCGUCCCAAGCUCACUCGCGCUCUCCGCCGACGACUCACCAAGCACGAGGCCACAGCCGUCACUGAGAGGCAGAGGAAGAAGCAGAUCCACUUCCCCCAGAGGAAGUAUGCUAUCAAGGCUUAA